AUGUCAACUUUGUCUAUUUUAGUUGUUCUUUGCAUAUUGCAUUUAUAAAAUGGAUGGCAUACUUGGAGGAACAUCUCAUGCUUCUAAUAUCCCAUGGACAUUGUGAGUAAUAUAUAUGCUGUUAUCAGGUCUCACAGUUUCUUGCUCGACAAAAGCAUUCAAAGAAAUAUAUUCUCGUCCAUUGCACCCAUGGGCACAAUCGCACUGGGUAUAUGAUUGUCCAUUUUCUAAUGCGAACUCUACCAAUUUCUGUCUCUCAGGCAAUCAAAAUAUUUGCUGAUGCACGUCCUCCGGGGAUAUACAAGCCAGACUAUAUUGAUGCCUUGUACAACUUUUAUCAUGAGAAGAAGCCUGAAAUGGUCGUUUGCCCUCCAACUCCGGAGUGGAAAAGAUCUUCUGAACUUGAUCUGAAUGGUGAUGCAAUGCCAGAUGACGACGACGAUGAUGGAGGCUCCGCAGCUCCUCUGCGGGAGAGUCAUGAAACCCAGUUAGUAAUGACAAAUGAUGACAUUUUGGGAGAUGAUAUCCCUAUAGAUCAACAAGGAACCCUGCAGCAGUUCUGCUAUCAGUCACUGAAGUUGUCUGGAUGGGGAAGAGGAACCCAACAAUUCCCUGGAUCACAUCCAGUCUCUCUUAACAGGUCUUGAUCUUCCUCUUCAUUUUAUUGCGGAAAUGAGUGGCUUUGUUCUACAUAU